AGACAGCAGUCAAACGGUAAUUAGUCGUUGUAGUGAAGAAGUGAAAAAUGAAGACCUUACUUGUUGUACUUUUUUUUACCAUCAUUGCCGCAACCUGGGCACGUCCCAAGGAACUUUAUACUGACGAAUUCGAUAACAUUAACGAAGACGAAAUUCUCGCAAGCAAACGUCUCGUAGACAACUACAUCAAUUGCGCCAAGACUGGUAAAAAAUGCUCCCCAGAUGCACAAAAGUUUAGAGAAUUGGUUCCUGACGCUUUAAAGACACGAUGCGAGAAAUGCACCGAAACCCAAAAGAAGAAGAUUAAGAAAAUCCUUAAAUGGAUCGUUGAGAAUAGGCCCAAUGACUUCUUAGAAAUCGAAUCUCUAUUCGAUAAAACGCACGAGUACAGAACUUUAUACGCAGAUGACCUGAAGAAGGAAAACAUUGUCCUACCUCCACUAAAGAAGGCUUAACUAAUUUACUAAAUUUUAACAAAUGUAAUAUAACUAGAAAUAAACUGUUUGUUUAAAAUUGCG